UGACAGCUGGCUCGCACUCGCCACAGGGGCUGCCCCAUUGAGCAUGAUUCAGUGCUAUGAAUAAGGCUCCCUAAACCCGCACCGCCUGUUGUGAUGUGCCUCCUGACUUCAUUCUUCCAUCCUCAUAAUUUCCUCCUUCGGCCUACCUUAACCCAUUGUGCGCCGCCCACGGGCGCCUCUCGCCAUAUUUCGCGAUAUACAAUACAUACCUUCUUCUUUCUGACUUUGGGUUCUAUUGAUCUUUAUCCUCUAUUACGCGAGCGCCCUAUCUUGACGCACACUCUCUUCUCACUGAUUUCGGAGUCUCAUUCACUGGGUUCCCAAAGCCUCCUAGGCACCGACCUUGGACGCCAACGACGACCGUCGAACAUUUCCGCUCAGAUCUUCCGACAGAAGAAGAAUUCCACGUUACCUCCACGUAAUGGACAAUCAGAAAUACAGAGCCAUGGAUCCCGACGAUCCUGGACCCUCUUCAGCGCGUCCCCCUUCUACUUUCGGUCGCCCAGUCUCGUCUCAAACCCCGCCUCAUGACAGCACGAUGGAGUUUGACGAGGAUGAGGAUUCUUCUCCUUCUAGCGCUUCCGGAGAAGCCUUUUGCUCUCGAACAACAUUCUUCGUCAAUGCCGACUGGCGCAUGGGGUCGACUCUC